ACAAAUUUUGUAGCAUAAAUUGACUUGUCCAAUCAGUAUGUAUUGAACAUUUUAAUGGAACAAAAUUUUUAAAAUGGGAACUUUUGUUAGUAAAGAUACCAGACGUAUUAGCUUUGAUAACACUUUUGCGUUUAGUCCUCCUAUAUCUCUUCAAAAAUCAAUAGAAGCAGAAAAUGUAAUAGCUUUUGAUAACCUGCCGCCUGAGCCCACAGAUGAAUUAUUAUUUAAAGAUAAGGGCGUAGAUUACCAAGAUGAUGGUGAAAUGGAUUACUGGUCACAUAGAAUAGAUUACUUGAAGAAAGAACAUCAAAUCAUCAAUAAGAUUAUUGAAGCUGAAUACGAUAAAAACAUUGAAACUACUAAUAAAACAUUUGAAUCCCCUAAAAUAACGCAUGAAAGGAUUCAAAAAAUUAAACCUUGUUUCGAUUGGAGAGUAAAGAUAAUGAAAUGUUACGAGGAUAAUACUCAUCAACCGUUGGUUUGUUCAGCGUUAGUCCAAGCGUUUACCAACUGUGUCACAAAUUGCAGACUAGAAGAUUAAUUUGAACUGAAUUUCUGAAUGUGUGGACUGUUUUUGACAACGUUUUACUACUUUUUGAUAAAAACAAUUAAUAAACUAUGGCGAUUCCC